AGUCGGAGAGUAGUCCGAGGGCGAUUCGGACUGUUAAAUGUCAUUAGGUUUUACGACCUUGAUGGCACGUCUUUCAAAAACAGACGAAAUAAACAGGCAGUUACGUUUGUCGUAGCUUUAUUUCGUUUUCCUAGCGAUAACUCGACAAGUUCCACUCGAAUUCAGCCCGUUUGCUUCGGAGAAGUUUAAAGCGCAAGCGUGCGGGCGAGCUCCCUGUUAUCUUUUGUGUCGCUUCCUUAUAAAGGGAGCUGCGGCAUGAAUGAAUUGUUCAAAUGUAUCCCUUUGUGUAUAUUACCCUACCCUCCAUUUUUAUGCGCUCCAACAACGACACUUUCGCCAUGUUGGGCUGAUAAUUCUUCUGCUCCUUUGACUUCUAAUCCAUCCGCACAAAAGCCAGGUCCGAUGUAAUGGUCAUGAUGCAGUAAUGUCCCUCCACUGAAGUCGAGCUCACCUCUGUCAGUAUGGAGUCUGGAGAGAGACUGGCGACGCCCACCCCCCCCCAGGGCUCCAUCAGAUCGGUAGCCUCCCCUUCUACAUCACCAAACCCAGCAAGCAAGAGCGCAGGGCAUUUGUUCCGAAUGGCGGGUGAUGUGGGAUUUGGAAUGUCGGCGGUGUCCAGUGCCUUCCCCAUGGUCAGUCAUCCAGCCUUCAGCCUGUACUCUGCUCUAUCUGGACGCUCCCAUUUCGGAGGUCUUGGAACACUGGGAAUGCCAGCAGCUCUAACGCCACAGGCCCAGCUGGGAACCUUCCCAGACUGGUGGAGGGCGUCGGACGUGCCAGUUAGCGGAGCUGCUUCUCUCUUCCCGCCUCUGCUGGGACUGCCCCCCUUGUUCAGCACUCCAGCCCUGAGCCAAGACCCCACCUCUGCCCGCUCCCCUACCCCUAGCAGGAGCACACAUGCCUCCACUAAAGGUUUAAAUGGCACAGUGAAUGGCAAUGGCAAAGCAAAGUCUGCUUCCUCUGGUGCAAGCUCUGCCUCCUCCUCACCCUCGCCAGCUCCCACCACCACCGAUUCGAGCAAGACCCCCAAACCAAGCCAGGACCCCAAAAGUCUCAGCCAGCUUCUCAAACCUGCUCCGAUCCCCCCAAACCACAGCAUUAACCCCAAAGGCACAACCAACCAUUGCAAACCCCACAAGCCAGCUGGCAAGGGACAGCACUGCAGUGGGAACCACAAGAACAAAACUAACGAAGACCCAGAAAAGUCCAACCACAAUACAAACCCGAAGACACUGUGUAAGACAAUGGCAGAGAUUUCCAGCAACAGCGAUAGCCAAUCAGGAGCCAGCUCUGACAGCUCCAGUGACACACUCAGCAGCUUGGACUCUGUUGACCUGGAGGAGGAGGAGGAGGAGGAGGAGGAUGAGGAUGGGAGUAUUGCAAGUGAAGAUUCAGACUCUGAGAGGGAGCAAAGAGCCAAGCAGAAGGUUAAGACCUCCCUAGUGAAAGAUGGCUUUUCUGUUGGAGCGGACAUGUGCUCCACGGACCCUCAUAGUGCCCUGUUUGCUUCUUACUUCUCCGGGCUGGGCUCCUCCCUGCUCCCUUCGCUCUCUCAGGCGAGUCCCCUGCUUUUCAAGAGCUCCAGGUCUAGAGAGGAGUCCGGCAAGCACACCAGCGUCAUCCAGGCUACAGGCCUAGCAGCCAGCAAGCCCAUACCCCUCCUCCCCCACCCUAGCCGAGACAGAGACGCCUCGUCCAAACCACCUGCUUCUCCUAAACCCCUGUGUCUCGCCUUGGCUCCAAAACCUCCCUCCCUCUCCUCUUCUCCCACACCUCUUUCUCUGUCCUUAUCCCCAAAGAAUCGCUCCAUCUCGCCGUCUCCGAAGCCACUGUCUCUCACCCUCUCUCCAAAGCCUCCCUCCCUCUCCUCCUCCCCCAAACCCCCGACGCUCUCCCCGUCGUACAGGCCCAUGAGUCUGGCCCCCUCCCCCACGCCCCCCUCACUGCUGCCGGAAGCCCUGAGGGCAGUGGGUAGGAGUUCGCCGGAGAAGCCACACGCCACUGGCUUCAGUCUGCUCAAACAGGACCCUUUCAGACUGGUGUUCCAGCCAUGGGAAGAGCAGGAAGCAGGUAAACUCCUGAAAGAAGCAGGCUCCCCCUCGCCCCCGCUCCCUGCUCAGCGCAGCCGCAAGCGACACCCUCCCCGCCCGCCCGGACUCUUCUUCCCCUCAGCCGGGCUGGAGGGCGCCCACGGGAACGGCGCACUCCACACCCCCGUGCAGGAGGCCCCACUGGCCCUCGUUGCAAGGCCUCGGCCGCGUGCCUCUGGGGAGAAGACCCUGGCACCAGCCGCCACGCCCUGCUCCAGCGUGCCCAUCAACCUGAGCACCGGAGCCAAGGGGCGCUUGCUUGGAAACGCUGGCCGCGCGGCUGCUUUGCCCAGGCCUGGCCCGAGAGCUGCCCAGCAGAAGGGCGCAAGGCCUGGGCGUGGGGCAGGGCCAGGGGCCCCGCACAGCCACCAGAUCCAGUCCCUGGUGGAGGUGUUCAGGGGCAUGGCGUCGGACAUCCCCAGCAGCAGAGACUCAGACGACACGGCGGAGGAAGAGGACGAUGCGGAGGAGGAAGACGACAAAGAUUCAGAUGACAGUUUGUCAGAUUCUGGCAGUAAUCUUGACACUGAUUCUGACGAUGAUGAAGAGGAGGACGAUGACAUUAAAGAUGAAGAAAUGGAGACUGAUACAGAGAGUGAGAGAACACCACUCAAGCGCACGAAAAGCUCAGUCUCCUUCACAGACUCCUCCCCCAGUUCCUCCUCCCUCAGCCUGCAGGUCCAUACUGCUCAUGCUCUGCCUACGCCAACUAUUGUUGGCUCUGGGGCCCUGGCCUAUCACAGCACCCCAUCUGCCUCAUACAAUCUGGCCACACCUCCAGGAAAGAGAAGAAGAGUGACAGACGAACAGGCCCUGCGAAGGCCUCUUGAAUACGGGUGGCGGAGAGAGGUCCGUUUCCGCAGCGUUUGCGGGCGAGUGCAGGGAGAGGUGGCCUACUAUGCCCCCUGUGGCAAAAAACUCAGACAGUAUUCAGAUGUGAUGAAGUAUCUAGCACAAAACGGAAUAAGUGGGAUCACACGUGACCAUUUUAGCUUCAGUGCUAAAAUAAGAGUUGGUGACUUCUAUGAAGCCAGAGAAGGACCAGAGGGUUUCCAGUGGUGCCCGCUGAAGAGCGACGAGGUCACGCCCCACGUCCUCGCGCUAGAAGGUCGCAGGGGCCGUCCGAAGAGCCUGGAACUCCAGCGGCCCCCUGGCCUGCCUGCUGCCGACCCCGUCCGUCCCCGCCACGGGAAAGGCAGGCAGACCAACGUGGGCGAGGCUGAAGCGGCCAGUGCGGCCGACGCUAAGCUUCUGCGUAAACUGGAGGCCCAGGAGAUUGCGCGCCAGGCGGCUCAGCUGAAGCUGAUGCGGAAACUGGAGAAACAGGCGCUUGCACGUGCAGCCAAGGAGGCAAAGCGACAGCAAGCGCUGCUGGCAGCCGAGGAGAAGCGCCGGCAGAAGGAGCAGCUCAAGCUUUUGAAGCAGCAGGAAAAAAUCAGGAGGAUAGAACAGAUUCGUAUGGAGAAGGAGCUUCGGGCUCAGCAGAUACUGGAGGCGAAGAGGAAGAAGAAGGAGGAGGCCGCCAAUGCCAAAAUACUGGAAGCUGAAAAACGGAUAAAGGAGAAGGAACUGCGCAGACAACAGGCCAUGAUACUGAAGCAACAGGAGUUGGAGAGGCAUAGACUAGAUAUGGUAUGGGAGCGGGAGAGACGGAGGCAGCACAUGAUGCUGAUAAAAGCCAUGGAGGCCCGCAAGAGAGCAGAGGAGAAGGAGCGCUUGAAACAGGAAAAGAGAGAUGAGAAGCGGCUGAACAAGGAGCGCAAGCUGGAGCUCCGCCGCCUCGAGCUGGAGAUGGCCAAGGAACUGAACAAGCCCAACGAGGACCUGUGCCUGGCUGAUCACAAGCCUCUCCCCGAGCUGCCCCGCCUGCCCGGCCUGGUCCUGCCCGCCGCCUGCUUUGCUGACUGCCUGAUGGUGCUGCAGUUCCUGCGCUGCUUUGGGAAGGUGCUGGGCGUGGAGGGCGGCGUGCAGGCCCCCACGCUGCACGCCCUGCAAGCCGGCCUGCUCAACCUGGGCCCCAGCGCCGCACUGCUGCAGGAGCUGCUCGUCCGCCUGCUCUCUGCCGCCGUGUGUGACCCAGGCCUCCCCCCAGGGCAAAGGGCUAAAACGGCUUUGGGAGAGCACCUGUCCAGCGUGGCGAUAAACCAGGAGAACGUAUCUGAGAUUCUGCACAUCUACAUGAUGGCGCAUUGCGGGCAGACGGAGCUGGCACCGCUAGCCGAGAGCCUGAAGACGAAGGCAUUCCAGGCGCACACACCUGCCCAGAAAGCCUCCAUGCUGGCCUUCCUGGUCAACGAGCUGGCCUGCAGCAAGAGCGUUGUGACUGAAAUCGAUAAAAAUAUUGACCAUAUGACGAACCUGCGGCGAGACAAAUGGGUCGUCGAAGGCAGCCUCCGCAAGCUGAGGAGCAUCCACGCUAAGCGUACGGGGAAGCGCGAGAGCAGCGUGGGUGGCGAGGACAGUCAGGCUCUGGGGACUCCCACCGCUGGCCGCAAGCGCAAGAGGAAAGCGGGAGACAGCGAGGAUGACGACGAUGAGGAUGAUGACAGUGAUGACCAAGGAGAGGAGGAUGAAGACGAAGAGGAAGAGGGAGUGAAAAAAGGAAAGAAAGCAGAGGCAUGUGAGGAGGAGGACGAAGGUGAUCAGACGGCCAGUGUGGAAGAGCUGGAGAGACAGAUAGAGAGGUUAAGCAAGCAACAGAGCCAGAUCCGCCGCAAGCUGUUUGAGUCGUCGCACUCGCUGCGCUCCAUGACGCUGGGGCAGGACCGCUACAGGAGGCGCUACUGGGCGCUGCCCCAGUGCGGGGGGGUGUUUGUCGAGUCCAUGGAGAGUGGAGAGGGUCCGGAGGAGCUCCAGAGAGAGAGAGAGAGGCUGCAGAGCUCCCAGCAGGUCCUGGUGAAGGAGGAGCCCAAGGAGGAGUCUGUGUUCAGCAGCCCCGAGGUGAAGCGCGAGGCGCCCUCUCCCGACCCACCGCAGGAGAACCACUCGCUCAACCUGUUUCUGCAGAAGCCAGGCUCCUUCUCCAAACUCAGCAAACUGCUAGAGGUGGCGAAGAUGUCCCCUGAGCCCAGCGCCCAGCCCCAAAGCCCCCAAAGAACUCUUCCACAUUUGCCUAUGAGUGCUCAAACUCCAUUACCCACCAGCCUCCCUUCUAUCUUGAACCAGGAGGUUAAAUCUGAGCCCAGCGCGCCUCUCCUAAUUCCCGCCUACCUUGGCAACCUACAGCAACAACUCCACAGUGACCAGCUCUACCGGGCUCUGACGGAGAACAAUGCUCACUGGUUCAGUCUGCUGCCACGUUCACCGUGUGACGCCUCGUCUCUGACCUCCAGUCAGACCCCUCCACCGCUGUCAUCCUCACCUCAGCCCCGCGGUGCCAAAGGCCAGUCGCCCACCACCAGGACCCAGUCCCCCUCUUCUGUGUCCCCUGACACCAGCCAGACCACCCCGUCCACUAACAGCCCAUCCCUCACUGCCGCAGUCAACAGCAUUUCAUUGGCUGCGCUGCAGAUGAAGCCCAGUACACCUGUGAUGGGCCUCCCGCUGUGUCACUGGCCCACGGCCUUCCCCGGGUCCAACAUGGCCUUCGGCAGCUUGACCGUGCCGCCCACACUGGGUGGGGCGUACGCCCCUGCAGAUGUGACUGGGAACCCCUUCCUGAUGCCCAGCGUGACCACUGUUAAGAGCGAGUCUCCUGUACCAGGCGGUGAGAAGCCCCCCUCAGCUCCCUCGCCUGCUCUGGAGGUGACCAAGAACCAGGACCUUCCUUCACCCCAGCCCAUUCCGCAAGAGAUGCUGAGUGGCUGGUGGAAGGUGUCUAGCUCUGAGGAGUUGAGCAGUGUAGUGAACGCAUGCCACCCCCGUGGUAUCAGAGAGAGAGUCCUGCAGAAACAGCUCCAGAAACACUUGGAGUCCAUCACACAAGUGUGUGCCAAGAACAAAGACGCUUCUGUGAUUGACAUGGACGAGCUGGAGCAGAGGCAGGUGUGUGAGGAGACGGUACGGGGCUGGUGUGUGGAGGAGCAUGCCAUGGACCAGGACAUCGCCGUGCUGCAGCAGGUGGAGGAGCUGGAGCGCAGGGUGGCGUCAGCCAGCCUACAGGUGAAGGGCUGGCGUCCCGCCGAACCACAGUCCCUCAGUGAAGACCUGCUCUACUACGAGCACAGAGCCGUGGUUGUGGGCGAGCGCGAGCCGGCGGCCAGGUCGGACGCGGGCGUAGCGCGCCGCGCCAACAACCCGUUGGACAUAGCGGUGGCCCGCCUGUCCGAGCUGGAGCGCAGCAUCGAGAGAAGGUACCUGAAGAGCCCCUUAGGCAUCACCAUUCAGGUCACUGUGGAUAACGUUGGCAUGGUGACCAUACCGGCUCCUGCACCAUCCCAUAGUGCCGAUGGUGACGGGGGCGAGGAAGAUGUGGCCCCGGGGAUGAGGCAGUGGAGGAAGGCUCUGAGUGAGGUGCGCAGUGGAGCGCAGCUCUCCCUUUGCCUGCAGCAACUCCAGCGCUCCAUCGCCUGGGAGAGGUCCAUCAUGAAAGUGUACUGCCAGAUGUGCCGGAAGGGGGACAAUGAGGAGCUGCUGCUGCUGUGCGAUGGCUGUGAUAAAGGAUGUCACACGUACUGCCAUAAACCCCAGAUCACCACCAUUCCCGAGGGAGACUGGUUCUGCCCCGCAUGCAUAGCCAAGGCAAGUGACCCAUCCCAGACCAAGAAGCAGGCCAGUCGCCCUGGAGGAGGAGGAGCGGGGAAGAAGGCCUCGGAAGGCAAGCGCGGCAAGCGCGGCGGUGCUGGAGGAGACGGCUCAGACGAGGAGGGAGCCAGCACCAGCGCCAGCAGCACGCCCAAGAAGGGAGGGAAGGAGACGAAGAAGAAGAAGGCGGAGGACGGCCUUCCCCCCGAGCCCCCCCAGCAGGAGAGCACCGCGCGGGGCAAGAAGGCCAAAACGGCCCGGGACAACAGUAAAGACCUGGAGCUCUGCAGGUUGUUGCUGGCCGAGCUGCUGUCUCACCAGGACGCCUGGCCCUUCAUGAUGCCUGUCAACCCUAAAUCAGUCCCGGGAUACCGCAAGGUUAUCAAGAAACCCAUGGACUUCUCCACCAUCCGCGAGAAGCUCUCCAACAGCCAAUACCUAAACCUGGAGACUUUUAUCAUUGACGUUAACUUGGUUUUCGACAACUGCGAAAAGUUCAAUGAGGAUAAUUCUGAAAUUGGCCGCGCGGGACACAGCAUGAGGAGGUUUUUUCAACGGAGAUGGACCGAGCUUUUACAACAAAUCAACUAAAACUGGCUGAAAGUACUUAGGCUGAGCACCCCCAGAACUGGCCAUGGCUGCCGUUUCAAAUCUGUGAUUAAGAAAGCACUCGUCUGCAAAAGCUUCCUGUCGUUCACUGCUUUUCAACAGGGACCCAGCACACCAGCAUUUCACCACUGUUCUCAUUCUACAUGUGGAAGACCCGAUUCCGUGUUGAUGCAGUGUGAUAUGGCAAAAUGCACCCAUGUUGUUUCAGAUGAAAUGGGGUGUUUUCAAAGUGCAAUACCAAUUCCAAGUCCAUUUCCUUUAAAGAACUCCUACCCAGCCCUCUGUAUUACAGCUGGGACUGAUGAGAGCUUUCCACUACCUGUAAAUAUAUACUUUGUGUGUUCUUUUUUUUUUUUUAAUAUAUAUAACCUUUAUUAUUACAUUAUAUGUACUAUUUAAUUUUGUUAACUAUUUAUGAUUAAACUGGUCUUCAUUUUCUAUGAAAAGGAAGAAAUGGGGGGGGGGGGGGGGUUAGGAGAAAUGCUUUAAAAUCAUAAUGAAUUGGUUUUUUGUUUUGUUUUUCUGAAAAGUCAAAUGUAAGGAAAAAAGGUUACUGUAAAAAUGUUUACACUGUUCGGUGCCUUAAUGGUACCAGAUACACAUUACAGUAAUACUGUAAAAUUUGUCUACAAAUGUAAUCACAAUAACUGAGACUACUAUGUGUAUAUAGUGUCUAUGUAUGGUCAUAUUUGUUCUGGAAUAUGUGAGUUGUACAUAAUGUUGCAAACAUCCUUUAUGCCUUAGAUGAACUGUAGUGUUUAAGUUGUCUUGCCAUGAUGAUGACUACAGUAUUAAGUGUACAUGGCACCGUUCAUUUCCUCAACAGUGGUCUUACUCCUUUUAUUAGUGCCUAGCGUUCUGUUGAUAUUGAAAAAUUCAUACAUAAACAGACCUCAAACUUUUUUUUGUUCAUCCCCGCCGUUCUUAAUUUCUCUGCCUGAAAAUAAGAACCGCUUGUAAUGGCAAAGGCGUCCUCUGAGGCGCAGAAGGCCUAUCGCCACGUCUCCCUGCCUGGCGUUUCUGCGUUCAGGGAAAGCGGAGGAGAACAGCUCCAUCACCCGCCAUGGAUGACGCAGCUCCUAGGGAAUUCCAGCAUUUCUUCUGUUUGUGAUGACCAGACACCUAAUCUGUGAUCCUACUAUCUUUUACUACUUAAAAUCUUCCAGAAGACCCUUAAAGACACAGUGGUUUCUACCGGUGUUGUAGCGUCGUCUUUUAUUUUCACUAGCGUGGGUGAGGCGCAGAUAUAAUAAAAUUGUUUCUAAACUUAA